AUGUUCCGCGUUCGCCUUGGUGGCCAACACUCGCAUGUGGCAGCGCAGAACAAGAAGCACAGUGGCUCGCAACGCGGUUCGCACAACGCUGAUGCCCUGAGCAAGGUGAGGGAGAACCUCCCCGCCGACGAUCAGCCGCCGUUGGCUCCGCCCGCGCCUCGCGUUGAGGGCGUUACAAAGGACACAGCUCUUCUUGGGUGGAUGCCUGUGCGUCAGAACGUUUCUCGCCUCGUCAUCCAGGCCUUGCCACUCAAGAAGCCCACUUCCAAAGUCGCGUGGAAGCACUUCAACCUGAAGAAGGGCGUCGGACAUCAAGUCGUCAUUUCAAGGGAUGCAGACAAGGUCAACUCAGGGAUCGUCUCAGGGCUGCAGCCAGGUAGCUACUAUGUGUUUCGGCUGAUUAUCUCCAACCUGCGCGGCGCUACGGAGGGCGAGACAUCUGCCCCUGCACAAACCUCACGUGAAGUUGGAAAAGAGCACGAAUCGCACAAGAGCGGGACGCUGUUCCGCCACCGCCGCCGCCGCUCAACCUAUUCGCAGCCGCAAGACAGCGUGCGCAAGCCAAGUGGUGUGAAGCACGCAUCCAUCCUCGAGAGCCAUGGUAGCAGCAGCAACAACAAUGAUGCCAACACCGCCACAGCACCAACGAUAACACCAACAGCAACAGCAGCUACGGCAGCAGAGGGCGAGUUUACGCAGGCGUACGACAACAAGCGCGCCACAACACCCACUACGCUGGUUGAUCCAGGCCCAGCACCAGCACCGCCAAGCAGCGGCAGCAUUGCCGACACCACAGCCCAUGCCACCGCCACACAUGCCAGCACGACCACACCCGACAGCAACGGCAACGCGAGCGCUGAGCACAUCGCACAAGCAGCUCACGGCCACGACCACAACACUGACGAUGGCGACGACGCGCUGGUGCUGGAGGCGCCUGCUGCUCGCGGCGACCAGCACAGCAGCACCACUGGCAGUGCGACGGCGACAGAAGGAACUGGUGUUGGCAAAGCCGUUCCCAAGAGCAUUGCCGCGCGUCUGGCGGUGACAGCAGCGACUGUCGGCAGCAGUGGAGGUGGACUGGACAUCAACAAGCUCGAGUCGAGGCUGGAGCAGAAGGAGAAGCAGCGAAAGCAGGCCACGCGUCUGUUCAAGGCAGAGGACAAGGACACCGUCGGCAAGAGCAAGAUCUACCAGGCACUCAACCCGCAGAAGUUGUGGUUUGAGAGCCGGCGCGAACGAGAGGAAAAGGAGGAGGACGCGGUGCGCGUGGACGUGCGUGCAUGUGCCGUUGGCGGCGUGUAUGCGGACGAUGAUGGCCGCGCGUGCGUGGCUGCCGUGAGCUAUGCGCGCGUGUAUGAUGACAACGGCGAUGUGAUUGCUGUCGACGACGACGAUGAUGACGAUGACGAUGACGAAGAAGAGGAGGACUAUGAUCCAGACAACUUGCCUGACUUUGGCGAGUACCAGAAGGAGAUGGAUGAGAUGCGGGCGCGACGAGCAGCAGCGCAAGAGGCCCGCCGAAAGAAGAUGCAGGAGGAGUGGGCGGCGAAGAAGGCGGCAGAGGCGGCGGCGCUGCAGCGGGAAAUUGACGCAAUCCGACAGCGCGAGGCCGAAAUCACAAAGAAGGAGGAGGUCACGGACGACGACGUGCGCGUUGCGCAGGAGCGCGUGGCAGAGGCGGCCGCAUUCCUUUCCGGAUUCACAUUCAACUGA